AUCUACUCCGUAUUUCCUUUUCCAAUAUGCCUCAAUCGCAGCAGCCGCUGGAUUUCAAUCUCACCCGCCGCAAAAAUGGAGACGGACUGACGGAGUCCAAUCGCUCUGUGGGCCACGAUUUCUAGGCUUGCAUAGGCAACGGACUUUGCGAACGCUUAUCGCCGAGCGUGUAGUUUGUUCCGACUUUCUACACGUAGGUAAUUACAAGCUGAUCCUGGAGGGUACAGAGAUGGAGAAGAUGUACGGAUGCAGGGCUCAAACCGUUAACAGAUAUGAUGAUUUUAAUUGGGUCUCCGCCUCCUUCUUCUUCGAUCGUAGCCAAUCCGCAGACCACCGCCAUCGUCUUCUUCUCCAUUCAGAGACGAGGAAGGGCGAUGCCAGUCCACGGUGGGCAGACCUCUCCGACGACUCUCUCUCUCUGUUCCGGCCAAGGCGCAGCGACCCAAUUGACAGCGACAAUCGGCGAGGGUUCCUUCGUCGAGUUAUCAACGGCGACCGUGAUGCAGUGGCGGAACGGCGGCGUUUGGCGAGGAAGGCAGCAGCACGAGGGGUGGCGCGCGCGCCCUCCUUGACCAGCGACCCUGUUCCGGCGAUCUUCGACGACGACUCAAGCGCGCCGGCGAGCUGACCCGACGGUGAACGGUAUUCUGUUCCGGUGACGACUGGCACGGCGACGGUCAGAUUUGUGCAGUUCCGGGUAACGAUGGGUAGUUGAGCAGUGGGUGAGAUUACUCCGACGUAGCAUCCGAGUGACGUUCUUUCGAAUUGAAUUGAAACGAAUCAAGGUGAGUACGUGGA